GAGGCGGGGGGAAGGCGAGAGGGGGGCGAGGCCUUAAGCCGGAGCCGCUGCGGGGUGGGUCCCGAGGGAGGCGGAGCGGGAAGCGCUCAGGCGGCCGGAGAAGGGCCGGGCGCGCGGAUUGUUGCGCCUCUCGCGCAUUCCCCUGGCCAGCCCCGGCUCCGGAGAUGCAUCUGCAUCAGGUCCUCACCGGGGCUGUCAACCCUGGAGACAACUGCUACUCCGUGGGCAGCGUCGGGGAUGUCCCUUUCACGGCAUAUGGAUCAGGCUGUGAUAUUGUUAUUCUGGCAAAUGACUUUGAAUGUGUGCAGAUCAUUCCUGGUGCUAAGCAUGGAAACAUCCAAGUCAGCUGUGUGGAGUGUUCUAACCAACAUGGAAGAAUUGCAGCUUCGUAUGGUAAUGCCGUUUGUAUUUUUGAGCCCUUGGGCAUAAAUUCUCAUAAGAGAAAUUGUCAACUCAAGUGUCAGUGGCUUAAAACUGGGCAGUUUUUUUUGAGUUCCGUGACAUACAAUUUGGCAUGGGACCCUCAAGAUAACAGAUUGUUGACAGCAACCGAUUCUAUUCAGUUGUGGGCUCCUCCAGGAGGUGACAUUCUGGAAGAGGAGGAAGAAAUUGAUAAUAAAAUUCUUCCUGUUUUAAAUGAUUGGAAGUGCAUCUGGCAGUGCAAAACCUCAGUAUCUGUACAUCUGAUGGAAUGGUCCCCUGAUGGUGAAUAUUUUGCUACCGCUGGAAAGGAUGAUUGUCUUUUGAAAGUAUGGUAUCCUAUGACUGGUUGGAAGUCUUCAAUUAUACCUCAGGAUCAUCAUGAAGUGAAAAGGAGACAGGCUUCUACCCAGUUUUCCUUUGUUUAUCUGGCACAUCCCCGGGCUGUGACGGGUUUUUCAUGGCGUAAAACUAGCAAGUAUAUGCCCAGAGGGUCUGUCUGUAACGUGUUACUGACUUCAUGCCAUGAUGGUGUCUGCCGGCUCUGGGCAGAAACCUUAUUACCGGAAGACUGUCUUCUGGGUGAGCAGAUUUGUGAGACUACCACUUCCAGCGUUGCCAGCAAUCUUGCUCAUGCUGGAAGGCACAAAGACAGAAUACAGCACGCUCUUGAGACAAUACACCAUUUGAAAAAUCUAAGAAAAGGACAAAGGAGGUCUUCUGUUCUUGUAACUCACGCUGAAUUAACGCCUGACCAAAUGGCAACGCAUGAAGUUCAGAGACACAUUUCCCACCACGCAAAUGCUCUGUGUCAUUUUCACAUUGCAGCAAGCAUCAAUCCUGCCACAGAUAUUCCAAAUGUCUUGGUUGGCACUGUAUUUAACAUUGAUGAUGGAAAUGGGGGCUUUGUAGUUCACUGGUUAAACAACAAAGAAUUUCAUUUUACAUCAUCUAUUGAAAUAUUUAUGCAGCAAUUAAGGAAACUUUCUGAAAAGCAGAUAGAUCAUGAAAGUGAUGAAGGAGAUAGAGAAGAUGAGGAACAUUCACAGGAGGAAAGAGAGAGGGGUUUACAUAUGAAACUGGACCAUGAAUUAUCCCUGGAUAGAGAAUCUGAGGCAGGUACAGGAUCAUCAGAACACGAAGAUGGAGAAAGAGAGGGAAGUCCUAGAACCUGUUCACGUCCUAGUGUGCCAAUGCCUCUGCCUACAGUCCUGCUUGACCGGAAGAUCGAAAUGCUGCUAACAGAAUGGAAUAAGAACCCUGACAUGCUUUUCACCAUACACCCUGUGGAUGGUACCUUCCUAGUGUGGCAUGUAAAGUACUUGGAUGAAUAUAAUCCUGGAAUAUUUAGACAAGUCCAGGUUUCUUUUUCUUCUCGGAUUCCUGUUGCAUUUCCAUCUGGUGACGCAAGCUCUCUUAGUAAAAAUAUCAUGAUGUAUGCCUGUAUAAAUGCUACGAAAGAAUCUCACCACACCCUGUUACACCAAGAUACGAUGCCUGUAUGCAGUCCUCAGGGAUCACAGCCACACUCUAGAUCACACAGCACACAUAUGAACAUUUUAGCUCCCACAGUGAUGAUGGUCUCGAAACACAUAGAUGGCUCUUUAAAUCAGUGGGCAGUCACUUUUGCUGAUAAGUCUGCCUUUACCACUGUUCUAACUGUUUCUCACAAAUUUAGAUACUGUGGUCAUCGAUUUCACCUUAAUGACUUGGCAUGUCACUCAGUUUUACCACUGUUAUUGACAUCAUCGCAUCAUAAUGCUCUGUUGACUCCUGAAUCAGAUUGUCAGUGGGAACCAGACAGUAAAUUAAAUAGGUUAAUGGAUCCUGGAAGACACAUUAAAGUUUCCUCGAAACAGCCUCUUAGAAAUGCAGCCACACGCACAUUUCAUGACCCGAAUGCCAUCUACAGUGAGCUCAUCCUGUGGCGCGUGGACCCGAUAGGACCUUUGUCAUACACUGGAGGAGUAUCAGAGUUGGCACGAAUUAACUCUUUACAUACUUCAGCCUUCUCUAAUGUUGCUUGGCUUCCAACUCUUAUUCCCAGUUACUGUCUAGGCACAUACUGCAAUUCUGCAAGCGCUUGCUUUGUUGCUUCUGAUGGCAAAAAUCUGAGACUCUACCAAGCUGUGGUAGAUGCAAGGAAAUUAUUGGAUGAACUGUCAGAUCCAGAAUCUUCAAAACUUAUUGGAGAAGUAUUUAAUAUUGUGAGCCAACAGUCUACUGCUCGACCUGGCUGCAUUAUUGAACUUGAUGCAAUAACCAACCAAUGUGGCUCAAAUACACAGUUGCUUCACGUAUUUCAAGAAGACUUCAUCAUAGGAUAUAAACCACAUAAGGAAGAGGUGGAGAAAAAGGAAGCAGAAAUAUUUUUUCAGCCAUCACAAGGAUAUCGCCCACCACCGUUUUCAGAAAAGUUCUUUCUAGUAGUAAUUGAGAAGGACAGCAAUAAUUGCUCUAUUCUCCAUAUGUGGCACCUUCAUCUUAAAUCCGUACAGGCAUGUUUAGCUAAAACUUCAGAAGGUGUUUCGUCAGAGAGCCUACUUUUAGUCCCUGGACAGAAGAAUGUAGACUCUUCUCCAGAAACCUCUCCUAGUGUGAGCCCCAUGCCACAUUCUUCAUCAAUUGCCAACCUUCAGACUGCUAGUAAGCUGAUUCUGAGCUCUAGACUGGUGUAUAGCCGACCUCUUGAUCUCCCAGUAGGAGUAGAAGUAAUAAGAGCAACACCUUCAGCAGGUCACCUAAGUUCCUCUUCAAUUUAUCCAGUGUGCCUUGCACCUUAUUUAGUGGUUACAACUUGUUCUGACAAUAAAGUACGCUUCUGGAAAUGUAGUAUGGAAACCAGCCUACAAUGUAAAAGUGACGAGAAGGAAAUCUAUCAUUGGAGGAGAUGGCCCUUGAUGAAUGAUGAAGGGGAAGAUAAUAGCAGUACAGUGAGCAUUGUGGGAAGACCAGUUGCUGUUAGCUGUUCAUACACGGGUCGCCUUGCAGUGGCUUACAAACAGCCUGUCCACCAAAAUGGUUUUGUUUCUAAAGAAUUUUCCAUGCAUGUUUGCAUAUUUGAAUGUGAAUCUACAGGAGGGUCAGAAUGGGCUUUAGAACAAACAAUUCAUCUUGAUGAUUUGGUCAAAGUUGGGAGUGUGCUUGAUUCGAGGGUUAGUGUCGACAGUAACCUCUUUGUGUACAGCAAAUCAGAUGCCCUUUUGAGCAAAGACAGAUACCUUAUUCCAAAUAUCAAACAUUUAGUACAUUUGGACUGGGUGUCAAAAGAGGAUGGCUCCCACAUUCUCACAGUGGGGGUUGGUGCUAAUAUCUUCAUGUACGGGCGGCUUUCAGGGAUUGUGACUGAUCAAGUCAAUAGUAAGGAUGGAGUAGCUGUCAUUACUUUACCACUAGGUGGUAGUAUCAAGCAGGGAGUUAGGUCAAGAUGGGUUCUUCUGAGAUCUAUAGACUUGGUGUCUUCUGUUGAUGGUACACCUUCCCUGCCUGUUUCUCUCUCCUGGGUAAGAGAUGGGAUAUUAGUGGUAGGAAUGGACUGUGAAAUGCACGUAUAUGCACAGUGGAAGCAUGCUGUCAAAUUUGGAGACAUUGAAGCUGAUAGUCCUGAAGCAGAGGAGACAGCAAUACAAGAUCAUUCUGCCUUUAAAUCUAAUACGUUGUCAAGGAAAAGUAUUGUUGAAGGAACAGCUAUUUCUGAUGAUGUUUUCUGUUCACCAACUGUAAUUCAAGACGGUGGCUUAUUCGAGGCUGCACAUGUCCUCUCCCCUACUCUCCCGCAGUAUCAUCCAACCCAGCUGUUAGAACUGAUGGAUUUAGGGAAAGUUCGCAGGGCUAAAGCUAUUCUCUCUCAUUUAGUAAAAUGUAUUGCAGGUGAAGUUGCGAUAGUUAGAGAUGCUGAUGCUGGAGAAGGAACUAAGCGACAUCUUUCUCGAACCAUUAGUGUGAGCGGCAGUACAGCAAAGGAUACAGUUACCAUAGGGAAAGAUGGCACUCGAGAUUAUACCGAGAUAGAUUCUAUUCCUCCACUACCGUUAUAUGCAUUGCUUGCUGCCGAUCAAGACACAACGUACAGAAUUUCAGAAGAAAGUACAAAAAUACCUCAGAGCUUUGAAGAUCAUACCGAAAGUCAACCGGAGGAUCAGUAUUCAGAGCUGUUCCAAAUCCAGGAUAUAACAACGGAUGAUAUCGAUUUAGAGCCAGAAAAGAGAGAAAACAAGUCGAAAGUAAUAAAUCUUUCUCAGUAUGGACCAGCUUACUUUGGCCAAGAACACGCGAGGGUACUUUCGAGUCAUCUUAUGCACUCAAGUCUACCAGGCCUGACCCGUUUGGAGCAGAUGUUCCUUGUAGCUUUAGCUGAUACAGUGGCGACCACCAGUACUGAGCUUGAUGAAAACAGAGAUAAGACUUACUCAGGAAGAGACACAUUGGACGAGUGUGGUCUACGGUACUUACUAGCGCUGCGCUUGCACACGUGCCUUUUGACGUCGCUGCCUCCUCUGUACCGAGUACAGCUACUUCAUCAAGGUGUAUCUACUUGUCAUUUUGCCUGGGCUUUUCAUUCUGAGGCCGAAGAAGAGUUGAUUAAUAUGAUUCCAGCAAUUCAGAGAGGGGACCCUCAGUGGUCUGAGUUAAGAGCUAUGGGGAUAGGAUGGUGGGUCAGGAAUAUUAACACUCUUAGAAGAUGCAUCGAAAAGGUCGCCAAAGCUGCUUUUCAAAGGAACAAUGAUGCCUUGGAUGCUGCAUUGUUCUACCUUUCAAUGAAGAAGAAAGCCGUAGUGUGGGGUCUGUUCAGGUCCCAGCAUGAUGAGAAAAUGACAACAUUUUUCAGCCACAACUUUAAUGAAGAUCGAUGGCGUAAAGCCGCUUUGAAAAAUGCCUUCUCUUUACUUGGGAAACAACGCUUUGAACAGUCUGCUGCUUUUUUCUUGUUAGCUGGUUCCCUGAAAGAUGCCAUUGAGGUAUGUCUUGAAAAAAUGGAAGAUAUCCAGCUAGCCAUGGUUAUUGCCCGUUUAUAUGAAUCUGAUUUUGAGACUUCAUCCACUUAUAUAUCCAUCCUCAAUCAGAAGAUUUUGGGUUGCCAAAAGAAUGGCUCAGGGUUUGAUUGCAGGCGGUUACAUCCUGAUCCCUUCCUGCGUAGUCUUGCCUACUGGGUAAUGAAAGAUUAUACCCGAGCGUUGGACACGUUGUUGGAACAAACACCAAAGGAGGAUGAUGAACAUCAAGUUACCUUCAAAUCUUGUAACCCAGUGGUGUUUAGUUUCUACAACUACCUUCGAACUCAUCCUUUGCUUAUUCGGAGAAACCUUGCUUCCCCUGAAGGAACUUUGGCAACCUUAGGCCUCAAAACGGAGAAGAACUUUGUGGAUAAAAUUAACCUCAUAGAAAGAAAAUUAUUCUUUACCACAGCAAAUGCUCAUUUUAAAGUUGGAUGCCCUGUUUUAGCCUUGGAAGUACUCUCCAAAAUUCCCAAAGUUACCAAAGUAUCUGCCUUACCUUCAAAAAAUGAUCAGCCUGACUUCGUUUCUAAAAAGACGGGUGACAUACCUUCAGAAUCAAAACCUCUGAGAGAUGGCGAUACGAGUUCUGGCAUUGAUUGGUCAGAUGUAACCUCAUCACAGUUUGACUGGAGUCAGCCGGUAGUAAAAGUUGAUGAGGAACCUCUUCGUCUUGACUGGGGUGAAGAGCAUGAUAGUGCCUUAGAAGAAGAAGACGAAGAUGCUGCCGGUUUAGUAAUGAAAAGUAUGGAUGCCAGGGAGAAAGGCAGACCAGAAGGUCUGAAAGCCUCAGACCCUGAUGUGUUACCAACUCCUCAGGAGGAGGAUUGUCUUGAAGGGGAUGCUGAAGUUGAUGUGAUUGCUGAACAGCUAAAAUUCAGAGCUUGUUUGAAGAUCCUUAUGACUGAGCUAAGAACACUGGCUACAGGUUAUGAAGUAGAUGGAGGGAAGCUCAGAUUUCAACUCUAUAACUGGCUUGAAAAGGAAAUUGCUGCCUUGCAUGAGAUUUGUAAUCAUGAGUCAGUUAUUAAAGAAUAUGCCAGUAAAGCGUAUUCCAAAGUCGAAAGUGAUCUCCUGGGUCAGCAAGAGAUAGUGGACAAACCAGAUAUCGGUUCCUACGAACGGCACCAGAUAGAAAGACGGAGACUGCAGGCUAAACGAGAGCAUGCAGAAAGACGGAAGACGUGGUUGCAGAAGAACCAAGAUCUCUUGCGGGUGUUCCUUAGUUACUGCAGCCUUCAUGGGGCCCAGGGCGGUGGCCUGGCCUCAGUAAGGAUGGAACUCAAGUUUUUGCUACAAGAAUCACAGCAGGAAACGACAGUGAAGCAGCUCCAGUCUCCGCUGCCCCUGCCUACCACCCUGCCUCUGCUUUCAGCAAGUAUUGCUGCCACGAAAACAGUCAUAGCUAAUCCUGUGUUGUACCUAAAUAACCACAUCCAUGAUAUACUUUAUACCAUUGUUCAGAUGAAAACACCACCUCAUCCCAGUACUGAAGAUGUGAAGGUGCACACACUUCAUUCACUUGCAGCAUCUCUUUCUGCGUCAAUUUACCAAGCAUUAUGUGACAGUCACAGCUACAGCAGUCAAACAGAAGGAAACCAGUUUACAGGAAUGGCUUAUCAAGGACUUCUUUUAAGUGAUCGUCGAAGACUGAGGACAGAAAGCAUUGAAGAACACGCAACACCAAAUUCCUCUCCUGCUCAAUGGCCUGGUGUGAGUUCACUUGUUAACCUCCUCAGUUCAGCCCAAGAUGAAGACCAGCCAAAACUGAACAUUUUGUUGUGUGAAGCUGUUGUUGCCGUGUACUUAAGUUUGCUGAUACACGCUCUUGCCACCAAUUCCUCCAAUGAAUUGUUUCGACUUGCAGCCCACCCGUUAAACAAUCGGAUGUGGGCUGCUGUUUUUGGAGGAGGUGUGAAACUUGUAGUGAAACCUCAGAGACAAUCAGAAAGUGUUUCGGCACCUCCUGUUCCUUCUGAAGACAUCGAUAAACACCGCAGGAGGUUUAACAUGCGGAUGCUGGUACCUGGAAGGCCUGUAAAGGAUGCUACCCCACCACCAGUGCCUGCAGAAAGGCCAUCUUACAAAGAAAAAUUUAUUCCUCCAGAACUUAGUAUGUGGGAUUAUUUUGUUGCAAAGCCAUUUCUCCCCUUGUCUGAGAGCGGUGUUAUAUACGAUUCGGAUGAAAGCAUUCAUAGCGAUGAGGAAGAAGAUGAUGCUUUUUUUUCAGAUACUCAGAUGCAGGAGCACCAAGACCCAAACUCCUACAGCUGGGCUCUUCUACAUUUGGCAGUGGUUAAGCUAGCACUGCACAAUGUCAGGAAUUUCUUUCCCAUUGCUGGAUUGGAAUUCUCUGAGUUGCCUGUAACAUCACCAUUAGGUAUUGCUGUGAUUAAAAACUUGGAGAACUGGGAACAGAUUUUGCAAGAGAAAAUGGAUCAGUUUGAAGGUCCCCCUCCCAACUACAUCAACACAUAUCCAGCUGACCUUUCAGUAGGGGCUGGACCAGCUAUUCUUCGAAAUAAAGCGAUGCUAGAACCUGAAAAUACUCCAUUCAAAUCCCGGGAUUCUUCUGCACUUCCAGUCAAACGACUUUGGCAUUUCCUUGUAAAACAAGAAGUCCUUCAAGAGACAUUUAUUAGAUAUAUUUUCACUAAGAAAAGAAAGCAGAGUGAGGUCGAAGCGGAUCUGGGCUAUCCGGGUGGAAAGGCGAAAAUCAUCCAUAAGGAAUCGGAUAUGAUCAUGGCGUUUUCUGUGAAUAAGGCAAACUGUAAUGAAAUUGUUUUGGCUUCAACACAUGAUGUACAAGAACUCGAUGUAACUUCUCUGCUGGCCUGUCAGUCAUAUAUAUGGAUUGGGGAGGAAUAUGACAGAGAAUCCAAAAGGUUUGUUUGCCUUCUGUCAUCAACUUUAAAUGUAGUUUUCUUCAAAAAGGACCAAUUAAGUGGAUAUACACGUGAUUUGAAUGACCUUGAAAAGUGUAUGUAUCUUUGUCUUCAUUUGGUAAGGACUUGUAAGAGAAGAAAUGUUCUGAGAAUUAGAGUUGGCCUGAAGCAUACCCUUCCUCAUCUCUUCUGUGGUGCACAGUGUAAGUUCAUUUUUUGUCUUCUUUUAAAGCUUAUGAAAAGGAAUCUGCAUAACGUUAAGAGAAUGACCUCACACCCCGUCCAUCAGUACUAUCUUACAGGUGCUCAGGACGGCAGCGUACGCAUGUUUGAAUGGACACGACCUCAGCAGCUUGUCUGUUUCCGCCAGGCCGGCAAUGCAAGAGUUACCAGGUUAUAUUUUAAUUCACAAGGCAACAAGUGUGGUGUUGCAGAUGGAGAGGGUUUUCUGAGUAUCUGGCAAGUAAACCAAACUGCAUCAAAUCCUAAACCUUACAUGAGUUGGCAGUGCCACACUAAAGCCACAAGUGACUUUGCAUUUGUUACCUCUUCAAGUCUAGUUGCUACAUCUGGACAGUCCAAUGACAACAGAAAUGUAUGCCUCUGGGACACGUUAAUAUCCCCUGGAAACAGCCUCAUUCAUGGUUUCACCUGCCAUGAUCACGGUGCCACGGUACUUCAGUACGCGCCCAAACAGCAGCUCCUCAUAUCUGGAGGUAGGAAGGGAUUUGUCUGCAUUUUUGACAUCAGGCAGAGACAGCUAAUUCACACGUUCCAGGCCCACGACUCUGCUGUUAAGGCGCUGGCUCUGGACCCCUGUGAGGAAUACUUCACCACGGGCUCCGCAGAAGGCAACAUAAAGGUUUGGAGAUUGACAGGCCAUGGCUUAAUUCAUUCAUUUAAAAAUGAACAUGCUAAACAGUCCAUAUUCAGAAACCUUGGGGCUGGAGUCAUGCAGAUCGACAUCACCCAGGGCAACCGGAUCUUCUCCUGUGGGGCAGACGGGACGCUGAAAACGAGGGUCUUGCCCAGUGCUUUUAACAUCCCUCAUAGAAUUCUUGACAUUCUAUAGACUUUAAGGUUGGGGCUUUAUUUUUAUAAACAUUUCAAUUGAAAAACACACUGUAGAAUCAAUUAGGCAUUUCUGCUUUCCAAGCAGCUGUUAACACAUUGAAAACAAUACAGAGAAUCUCUGUGUAGAAUCUGAACCUGAUGCAAGCUGAGUGUUGCCUAUACAGGUCGUUAGAAUGACUGUGCAUGUACCAUUUAUCAUGCUGACGUAAAUAAAACAAAGCCUAGUAUCGUAUGAAGGGAGUUAUCCUUUACAGCAUUUAGCAAACCUGAUUCAGAAAACAUCUGCGGUUAGAAGUUAGGGUAAUAGUAAGUUAUAAUAAUGAGAAGGACCUUUAUACCAAAUUAAGGAAGAAAGUGUUGCUUGAUUCAGGUUUUUCCUCCCAUUCUUACCGCUGGCCGAAGCAUGCCCGCCGUGUCCGUUGUUGAGGGAAGGAUGGUGAUCAGGAGCUGGAAGCUCUGGGCCACCAGAAACACACGCUAAGCUUUGGAGCAGCACGCAGUGACUAGUUCUCUGCCGUGAGAAGUCGUGCCGUUCUUUCCUGCUGAACAUUUUUCCCGUUAGCGUUUAUACUGAGCUAGUACUGUAACUUGCAACUGAGUGCAGAUUUAAAUGCAACGUUUUCCUCACCGUUUGCACAUUCACAUUUUUUGGACUGCUCGUUUUUCUAUUUAAAUAUUUGCCUUCAUGUUAGGAAUGUAAUAUGUGGACAUGACAUGUUUGUAGUUAACCAAAACAUACCCAGUUAGUACUUCUUUUCUUAGUCCAGUUUAGUACUUCUUUUGACGUAUUCAAGGUUAAACACCAACAUUUUAAGGCUAUGUUGGAACUACACGAAUAGAGCAUUUCAUAUCCUAAUUAAGAUGAAUGUUAGGCUUUUUGUGGCCAGUUCAUAGUUGAUCGAGAUUGGUGAUAUUAUUUAUUACCACAGCCUAUUGUGCAAACUAUGCAGAGUUAAAUAUUAUUUGCUUGAAAAAUAUUAGCCAAUGUUAUCAUAUUUUGAUGUAUGUCCUUGGUUUUGACCAAAAAUACAUUCUUGAAAUAUUGAAACCAAUGUCUGUGUGUUUAAAUGUUUACCAGCAAAUUGUCUCAUCAUGUUAAUGAGAAUGUUUCCUGCCUGUGUGGUAAAUAGUAAAAUAUAAUGGCAUAAAAGCACCUUUCUCUGAAGGCAGUGUAAUGUUUUGGGCUGUGAAAUACUAAUGUAAAAGAAAAAUAAAUGUUAUUUGUUAGAGUUUUACCUCA